AUGUUGCGCUGCCAGCGCGUCCUGAAGGGCUUUCCCCAGGCGUGGCUGCGCGCCGCGCUGGCUGCGCAGCCGGCGCCCAACCCUGCGGCGCAGCGGGCGCUGGAGCAGCACUGUCUCGGCCUCGUGCAGCGUGCCCAGGCGGCUGCCGCUGGCCCCCUGCUGAACGUGGCGUGGCGGCUCGCGAAGGCCCUGUGCCUCGAGCCGCGCUGCAGCCCAGCGGCCGCCGCCGAGGCGCUGCGCCAGGCCGCCCGGGCCGCGGCGGCCGUGCUCGCGGCGCUGCCCGCCGGAGCGGGGCGCCAGGAGGCGCUCUUCGUCGCGAAGUUCCACAGCUCCAACUUCAUGCGCGUCGCGCGCGACUCCCCGGCGCUCGCCGCCGCCGGCUUCCCCCUGCGGGACGCGGCGGAGGCCCUGGCUCCGUUGGCGGCGGAGAGGCCGGGAGGCGGCACCGAGGGCGAGGGGCCGCAGCUGCUGGAGCGCAUGCUGGCCAUGUCGCUGGAGCGUUGGGUCGCCUGCGGAGGCCUUGCGGGAGACGCCGACGAUGCGGCCAUCGUGGUGCAGAGCCCGGAGGUCGCGGAAGCGCUGGUCCCCGCGGCGCUCCGCCUGCUGGCUUCUGGGGCCGCGCCGCUGCCGGCUGGCGCCGCCCUCGGGGAUGUCCCGCCGGAGCGGCGGCGCGCCGCGUGCCUCGCGGCGGCGGCGCUGGGCGCGCUGGAGGAGCUGGCCGGUGGGGCCCCCUUCGGGGAGCCGAGCGCCGCAACGGUGGCCGCUGUCCUCGCGGCUGGCGCGCCGAGUGCGCCUGGGCGCCUGGCCAGCUGGGCCGCAUCCGAGAACCCGCGUCUGUAUGCGCUGGCCCUGCGGGUCCACCGCGCCCUGCCCGAGUGCCUCGGGGCGGACGGCUCGUUUGCUUGGGCGCCGCGGGGAGCGGCGCGGCGGGCGGUCGCGGCCGGCGGCGCGCCGCCCGAGGCGCGGGUCCGAGGUGCGCAGAGCCUCGGGGCGGCCGUGGCCUCCCUGGGGUCGACGGGCGGGUCUGCCGCCCUUCCGUGGUCUUGGGUCCAGGUCGGCGUCGCCGGGCCGGCGGCCAGGCACCCCGAGGGCCAUUCGGGGCCCACGAACAGCCAGGUCAGGCCAGAGCGGGGCCGGUGGCAGACCCCGGUCGAGGGCCUCGCCUCGAAGCAUGGCGGCAGCGCAGUCGCCCAGCUCCUGGCGUGCCACGUCACGUUCGUCGAAAUCACGGAGUUGUGCGAGCGGGAUAACACAUCCGCCAAGGGGAUGAACAGGACCGAGGCCACCGAAUUGGUCUUGGAGUUGAAGGGCAAGCUUCCGCUGGAGCCCCGUGAGCACCUCAGGGAGAUCUGUGGGAUCUGGUACGAGUAUCUCACAAACGAAGACAAGAAUUGGAACAAGGUGGACACCGUGAUCUACGUGCGCGCCGAGAACCACCCCGACGUCCAGCCGAAAGUGAAUUGGAGCCCAGAUUUUAAAUUGGUUAUCAACAAGUCUGACACGGAGGGGAAUAUGGGUGUUAAGCCAAGUACAGUGUUAGGCGAGGCUCAGCUUGGAGCAGGACAGCACCGCGCGCGGAUCAAGGACAGCUGGGCGCUCCUGAGGCUCUCAACCGACACGGGGAGGGCGUUCGCGUUCGACUCCAUGCCGCAUUGGCUGGCGAAGGAUUCCCUGCUCGCUCGCGGGAUGUCUUCGCACGGCGGCGGCUUCUUCAUGCGGGAACUGAGCGGGCUUGAAGCCAGCAUCCGCCUAACCCCGGUAGGCCAGUCCAGAGCAGGUCUUUACAUUGCAAGGCCACCACCAUGGCACGAAGACAUCGACGUGAGGGCCAACUGCUUCAAGGGCGGCGGCAACGGGAAGGGAGAGGCCGAAUCUGCCACGUAUUGGUCCAUGCAUUACCUCGCACUCCUUUGGGACCUCAAAGCGUAUUUCGAAACGAUCGAUCAUGAGCUGUUGCACGGGCAAGCGCAUGCAGCGAAGUAUCCUUUGCACGUGCUGUACUUCAUGAUUAAUGUAUACCGGUGGGGUAGGAGGCUCAUGCUUGAAGGCAUUAUUACAGAUGUAGCAUAUGCCACAAAAGGGAUAACGGCUGGGGGCUCCACGGGAACGUACGGAGCUAAAGCCUACCUCCUCCCCUCCGUCAACAACCUCUCCCUCGCCAGCGCCGAGGCCGCCGUGCACGUUGAUGACUUGACAUUGUGGGCAUGGGCUGAAAGUAUCAGUGCAUGCGUGCAAGCGAUUGUUGAUGCAGGCUUCGAGUUGAAACAAACAUUAGACUCGCUGCUCUUAAAGCUAGCCAUCGGUAAGAUGGCAAUCACAGGCAACUCGAACCUGGCAGAGCGCGCCCGGGUGGAGGGCGCCGAGCGGCAGAUGGCGUGCGAGCGCGCAGCCGUGCAGGCGGAGGUGCAGCAGCUCCGGCAGGAUACCGAGGAGUGGUGCCUCGCGGAGAGGAAGAAGAUCGAGGCGGAGUGGAGGCGUCUGGAGCAGCUGACGGAGCGGAUGCGUGGCUUCUUGUCCAGCGAGUCCGCGGACGUGCUCGAGGUCAGCUGCUCCGGGCAGUCGCUCUCGGUGCCGCGGAGUGUCCUGUGCUGCGCAGCGGGCAGCAGGUUCGGCAGGCUCUUCGACGAGGAGUUCACCGCCGAUAUGCCCCGCGACGGGGCGGGGCGGCUUCUCCUGGACUUCGACCCGCGCUGCUUCAGGAUCGUCGUCGAGCACUUGCAGAACAGGAGGCUGAACAGCAACGCCCCGCUGCCCGUGGUGCCGUCUUCUCUGCGAGGUAUCAUGGAGCCGCUUGCGGAAGCCUGGGGCCUCGCGCCUUUCCUGCUCCAGAACAGGCUGAACCUGUCCCACGGCACGUCGCUCAGCGUCAUCGGCAGGGAGGUCAGGUCGACGCACCACGGCUGGCAGCUGAUAUCGGCGCAGGACCCGCUGCCGCUGUCCGCGCCCUCCUAUUUCGAGGUCAGGGUUCUGGAGAGCCCCGACCCCUCCAGCAGCCUCGUAGUGGGCGUCUGCGGGCGGAUCUUGCGGGCGAGCGAGGCCCACACAGUCGUCCAGCAGGGCAGCGCCAUGUACAACAGCGCCUGUGGAGUUAUCGGCGACUGUGUCGAGAGCGCCGAGGUGAUCAGGCAGGGGUUUCAGCUGACGGCGGGCUCCGCGUUCGGCGUGCGCCGCAGCCCGGGAGCCGGCAGCCUGGAGUGGUACCACGACGGCGAGCUGAUCGGCGAGUGCCGGUUGAAGCAGGAGUGGCUUGAGCUCCCGCGCGCGCUGUACCCCGUCGUCGGCCUGUGCGACGUCGGGCAGGCCGUCGAGGUGGACUUCCGCGCCGCCGCCCCCGCGGCGGCCAGCUCCAGAGAGCCGCUGGCAGGCUCCGACGAGGCGCCGGCGGGAGGCUGA